GCCGUCAUUGCGAUGAUCCACCAGAACAUCAGUGGGCGUUCCCGCUGUCAUUAAACCUCCUGGUCAUGCUUUUGGGCCUUUGUUAAUUUGCGCUCCUUUUCGUCAUCGCGCUGUCCGUCCUCCUGGACUGACGUUCCGUACCAUCGAGCGCAGCCUCUUCAGUCUUUGCGUACCUGCUGGUGCUGGUGCUGGUGCUGCUGGCGCCACUGCUCCAACUCCUCUCCCUCCUCCUGCUCCUGUCUCUGCCACGACUCGGGAUCGGAGCACGCCAUGGCCGCCUCGGAAGCGUUCAAGCCGGCCCUGAUUGUCGUCGACUUCCAAGAGGACUUCUGCCCGCCUACAGGUUCACUUGCCGUCCAGGGCGGCAGGGAUAUUGCAAGUGUCGUCAACACCCUCGUCCAGCUUCCCUUUGCGCUCCGAGUUGCGACAAAGGACUGGCAUCCGCAGGAUCACAUUUCGUUUGCCUCAAAUCAUGCACCGCCGGACAACGUCGCAUUCUCCACGGAGAUCACGAUAGCCAAUCCGAACGACCCCACGCAAACCGAGACCACGCGCUUGUGGCCCGACCAUUGUGUGCAGGGCUCCAAGGGUGCGGAACUCGUCCCGGAACUCGACGUUAGCCGCAUUGAUCAUGUGGUCGAGAAGGGCCAGGACAGCCGUGUUGAGAUGUACUCUGCCUUCGCGGACCCGUUCGAGACGCACGUGACCCGGUCCGGCUUGGAGGACACCUUGAGGGCGGCCGGCAUCACGCACGUCUUCUGCGUCGGCCUUGCCAUGGACUACUGCGUCAAGUUCACGGCCCUGGAUGCUGCGAAGGCCGGCUUCAAGACGUACGUGGUCGCCGAAGGAACGAGGGCCGUCAAUCCGGCCGACUGGGACGCCGUCGCCGAGCUUCUGAAGCAGGCAGGUGUCGACGUGGUCGCGCUCUCUGGUGAAGAAGUAGAACGAGUACGGCGAUUGCAAGCAUGACCGCUUCGCACAUAUAAAGAAGAGUCAGUGCAGGCCUGGGCUGGCUCCCACACCGCUCCUACAGCGCUGUCCUCUACACGUACAACUCGCAUUCUCGUCUUUUAUCUAACAGUCCUCGAUUGGACUUGGCUGUCAAGCUUCAUCAUUCACCUAGAUCUAUAUCCUGCUGGCCUUCGUACCGCUUCCGCUCUUCAACGUUUUCGUACCGCCUCGGCCCCAUUCGCGCCCAAAAGCCCGACCACUCAAUGCUUCGAUUGCCGCGUCGGCCAUCCGCCAGUACGUAGAGUUUCCAAGCCCCUCCAUGCCGAUUCUCCAGAUCCAUCUUAGCACUUCGACAUCCUUCCAGUAUGCUAUGCGCAGCCAAUCGUCGCCCACUGUCUCUUCGAAAGCCGCCUUCAACUGCCUGUCCUCGUCCCUCACGGGUUCGUCUGCUGCCCCGAUCCGUAGCUUCUCGUCUUCGAGCUCGCCCGUCUCGUACAUUUCCAUCUUCCAUAACCAGCACGGUGCCUCGAAUGCGACAAAUGCGGGCGCGAAUGCCGCAAGAUCCCAGUCUAUGAUGCCGGUGAUCUUGAUUCUCCUCUGAUCAACAACUUCGGCUAGGAUGUUUCGCGGGUACAAGUCGCCGUGGCAGAAGUAAUAGUUAUCAUCUGGGCCUAGCGUGUCGUCUUUGAUGAGCUUUGCCAACUCAGCGUACGGGAAGUAGGGCUCGUGUCGGGCGUGGUUCUCAGUCCAGGCCGCAAGACGGUUCCGCAAUAGCUCCGCUGGUUUCAUGGGUUGCGCAAGUUCCGUCAUGUUAGGUCGUACUGGAUGACUUGGUAGCGGCGGAGCUAGUAUUCUCGUAGGAUCUCGAGGAUCAAUCUUGCCAGCCGCGGGAGCGGUGGUCGCUGCAAGUUCGCGCAAUAUCUUGCCAAGCAGCUUUGCUGCACACAGUCGCUGCUGUUGAUUAAGCGUUUUCCACAGGUCGUCAAGCGGCUGCCCAGUCAUACGCUCCUGAAUUACAUACGGGUUUCCGAUCGAAUUUUCCGAAACCAAACAUACCUUCACCGUCUUUGGUACGGGAAAUGUUAGGAGUUGCUCAGCAAACUCACAAGCAACGCGCUCAUGGUGCAGAGUAAGUUCCUCCGGUGGAUCUGGGAAUCUCGGAAUACGAAGGAUGUAGUUGUCAAACCCGGUCUGAUAGCGCGGUUGCUUUUCUUGUCCUCUUCUGCGGCAUGAGCGGAGAAGUUUAAAAAGUAUAUGGAGUACCUGCUUGAUUUUCCGCCAAAUGCUGGUCGCCGUCUUGAUGUCGAUGGCUUCGGGAAGAACUUUAAUUGCAACAAUCCUGUGGCACGAGCCACCAGGUAUUCGUUCGAGCUCGAUACGUUUCGCGUCCGGCCAUAUACUCUCGCAGAGCUUCUUUGCCUUAGGCUCGAACUCCUCAAACGGCUCUCCGCAGUAUUGUUCAGUCAACGUAAGGUUCAACGCAAUGCUCGAAGAUUUAUCACUGUCCGCAUCGGUGGAAGCGGGGCUGAGUGGUUCUGACAUCUGUGAAUAGGUCACAAAAAGUUGUGAUCGGGGAUCACAUAAUUGAUUUAUGGAAGAGCUCAAGAACAAGUCGGUGUGCAGUGCAAUGCAAUGGAGACAAAGAAGCAAGGAGGAAAUAAAACCCUGAUGCAACCCGUUUGCAUCAGCGAUGUGACUUCAACAAAAUCCUGCUCUGUUCCUGCACACGAUCCUGCUAACUUCGGUGGCUAGUGAGUCCUUUCAUAACGAAACCAGAAUGCGGGUCCAUCUGUAUGACUACGACCAAGGUCCCAACAGCGAGUAACCACAGCCCGUUGUUCAUCGCCAAAGAGUCUCCAGUAUUCACGAAACGGUGCGACAAUGUCCACAGCAGCUCUAGCAUGUUGCUGCAAGCAUGUUAGAGUUCUCCAUCGAGAUGGUUUAAAAGACAGCGUAACGACUUGUUUGUGUCAUAUAUCUACAGCAUAGAUCAAGAUUCUCAUAUCUUUUAUGGACUUUAUACGCAUAUAACAUCGUUUCAUAUUUGCAAUAUGCCAUCAGCUCGUAAGGGAACUCGUACGCACCACUGCCCCAAAGGUUCGAAAGGCAAUUGUCGUUUCCAGAAAGUUGUCCACGAGAACAUCC